AAUAAGUAAUAAACACGAAUGUUAAAAAAAAUAUCACAUGCACAUUGAUACCAGUUAGCAAAAUGAAAAUAACUAAGAGAACAAAAAAGUAAUAAUCACGUAUUAAAGUGGAAUUGAUACUUCCUUAUUCCCCGUUCAUAAAAGACGAAACAUAAAUGAAGGAAAGAAAGAAAAAGAAAAAGAAAAAUUAGUAACACCCAAUAUGAAACCCCAACACAAACUUUAGUAAAAGUAAUAUCACUACUGCACCCCAUGAUUUGCCAAUGGUGACAUUGAUAAGUUCGAGCAAUUUUUUUUCUAGAAACCCACCCCCAUAUUUUUCUUGAUCUGCGUCGAAUUUACUUAGUUAACUUCUAGGUAAUAAUAUUUCUAUCAUUAAUGACAAAUUCAGGUUAAGUAAUAAAUAAUAAUAAAUAAUAAUUCAAAAUUACGCACUAUAAUAUAUACUAUUUUACACAUAUCAAAGAGAUAUGGGAAAAUGGAAUACUUGGUUAGUAGCCACGAAUUGGCGAGAAACCAAAGGGACGAAGAACCGAACUUGCGGGGGAUAUUAGAUACUCAUCGUUCAUCCAAUGUCAUCACUCUCUCUCUCUCUCUUUCCUCGCAAAAUUAUCACUCCCCCGUCCAAUUCUUUCCUCUUUAAUUUCUUUCAUUAAAAAAUUGAAUUCCCUCAAUUCCCUGACUUUUCUUCUUUUUGCCCCCGAUUCUAUUUCCUUUUUUGUAGGUUUAUUGGUUUUGCGUGCUGCCAUAUUUGGUUUUUUCCCCUCUUUUCAGAAAUUGGGUAUCACCUGGGUCAGAUGCAUGAUCCAGAUAUUCCUCCUCUUUGUUUUUUCUAUAUAUUUUUUUGCUUUGUAAUUGGUGAUGAUGAUGAUGCCUCUGUGAUGGAGGUCACCAUUAGUAUUGGCGCUUGAAACAUGGAAACUGGCUCAGCUUAGCAUUGGAUUUGAGGGGAGCAAGCAUAAUUUUCUUUUAUUGUGAAAAUGGGAACUUCUGUGAAUAUAAUUGAGGGUUCUCAAGUCUGGGUUGAGGACCAAGAUCAAGCUUGGUUGGAUGGCCAAGUACUCAAAAUUACAGGACAAAAUGCUGAAAUCGAUUGCUCCAAUGGAAAGAAAGUUACUCUCAACUUGUCUAAAAUAUAUCCUAAAGAUAUGGAAGCUCCUGCUGGUGGAGUGGAUGACAUGACAAAGUUAUCUUAUUUGCAUGAGCCUGGAGUUCUGCAGAAUUUGAAAAGUAGAUACGAACUAAACGAAAUCUACACUUACACGGGAAACAUUCUUAUUGCAAUCAAUCCAUUCCAAAGACUCCCCCAUAUUUACGAUGGUCACAUGAUGCAACAAUAUAAAGGGGCACCAUUUGGGGAACUAAGCCCUCAUGUUUUUGCCGUUGCUGAUGUUGCCUAUAGGGCAAUGGUCAAUGAAGGAAAAAGCAAUUCCAUUUUGGUCAGUGGUGAAAGUGGUGCAGGUAAGACUGAGACAACAAAAAUGCUUAUGAGAUAUCUUGCCUAUUUGGGUGGUCGUGCUGCCACUGAAGGUCGGACAGUUGAACAACAAGUUCUUGAAUCCAAUCCAGUCCUUGAAGCAUUUGGAAAUGCUAAAACUGUCAGAAACAACAAUUCUAGUCGCUUUGGUAAAUUCGUUGAGAUUCAGUUUGAUAAACAUGGAAGAAUCUCAGGAGCUGCUAUUCGGACUUACCUCUUGGAGAGAUCUCGCGUGUGCCAAAUAAAUGACCCUGAACGUAACUAUCACUGCUUUUACCUUCUUUGUGCUGCACCGCAAGAGGAGAUUGAGAAAUACAAGUUGGACCAUCCUAAAACAUUUCAUUAUCUUAACCAGUCAAAAUGUUUUGAACUAGUUGGUAUAAGUGAUGCCCAUGACUACCUUGCCACAAGAAGAGCUAUGGAUAUUGUAGGAAUAAGUGCAAAGGAGCAGGAAGCGAUUUUCAGAGUUGUUGCCGCAAUCCUUCAUUUGGGAAAUAUUGUUUUUACAAAAGGAAAGGAAGUUGACUCAUCUGUACCUAAAGAUGAAAAAGCCAAAUUCCAUCUCAAAACGACCGCAGAGUUACUUAUGUGUGAUGCAGUAGCUUUAGAAGACGCAUUGUGCAAACGUGUCAUGAUUACUCCCGAGGAGGUCAUUAAAAGAAGUCUGGAUCCCCAAAGUGCAGCAAUCAGUAGAGAUGGUUUGGCUAAGACUAUCUAUUCUCGUUUGUUUGACUGGUUGGUGGACAAAAUUAACAAUUCCAUUGGACAGGAUCCUACUUCAAAAUGUCUAAUUGGUGUACUAGAUAUAUAUGGUUUUGAAAGCUUUAAGACUAACAGCUUUGAACAAUUUUGUAUCAACUUCACAAACGAAAAGUUGCAGCAACAUUUCAACCAGCACGUUUUUAAAAUGGAGCAAGAAGAAUAUACGAAGGAGCAAAUCGAUUGGAGCUACAUUGAGUUUGUUGACAAUCAAGACGUCUUGGAUCUCAUCGAAAAGAAACCUGGAGGAAUAAUUGCUCUUCUUGAUGAAGCUUGUAUGUUUCCAAAGUCAACACAUGAAACCUUUUCAAACAAGUUGUACCAGACAUUCAAAUCUCAUAAGCGCUUUAUCAAGCCAAAAUUAUCUCGUACAGAUUUCACUAUUGCUCAUUAUGCCGGAGAGGUCCAAUAUCAAUCUGAUCAAUUCUUAGACAAAAAUAAGGAUUAUGUGGUUGCUGAACAUCAAGAACUAUUAGGUGCUUCUAAAUGUCAGUUUGUAGCUGGACUUUUCCCUCCACCUCCCGAGGAGACGAGUAAAUCUUCAAAGUUCUCUUCGAUUGGUUCACGAUUUAAGCUCCAACUUCAGCAACUAAUGGAAACGUUGAACUCCACUGAACCACACUACAUUAGAUGCGUAAAGCCAAAUAACCUACUGAAACCAGCCAUAUUCGAGAAUGUCAACAUCAUGCAACAACUUCGUUGUGGUGGUGUCCUUGAAGCUAUUAGAAUCAGUUGUGCUGGAUACCCUACUCGGCGUGCUUUCUUUGAAUUUAUAAACCGAUUUGGUCUGCUUGCUCCCGAGGCUCUUGAAGGGAACUAUGAUGAAAAGGUUGCUUGCAAAAGAAUCAUGGAUAAGAAGGGCCUUAAAGGGUUUCAGAUAGGUAAAACAAAGGUGUUCUUGAGAGCUGGCCAGAUGGCUGAGCUGGAUGCAAGGAGAUCUGAGGUGCUCAACAAUGCAGCCAAAAUAAUCCAGAGACGUGUGCUAACUCAUGUCACUCGAAAACGCUUUAUUUCAUUGAGAAAGGCGGUGAUAGUUAUGCAGGCAUUGUGCAGAGGAAGACUAGCAUGUAAGGUUUUCCAUGAGAUGAAAAGGGAGGCAGCUGCAGUGAAAAUUCAGAAGAAUGCACGCCGAUUUGAAGCUCGAAAAUCCUAUAAGAGACUUCAUACCUCAGCCCUUGUGGUGCAAACAGGAUUAAGGACAAUGGCAGCCCGUAAGCAAUUUAGAUUUAGGAGGCAAACUAAGGCUGCCAUUUUUAUGCAAGCAAGGUGGCGUUGUCAUAGAGCUGCUUUUUACUAUAAGCGGCUCAAAAGAGGAGCAAUUGUGUCACAAACUAGAUGGAGAGGAAAAGUUGCAAGGAAGGAGCUUAGGAAGCUUAAAAUGGAAGCAAGGGAGACAGGUGCACUAAAAGAAGCCAAAAACAAACUUGAAAAACAAGUAGAGGAACUCACAUGGCGCUUACAGUUAGAGAAACGCAUGAGGACUGACAUAGAAGAAGCAAAAGUACAUGAGACAACAAAGUUCCAAACUUCAAUUGAAGAACUUCAAAAGAAACUAGAAGAGGCUAAUGCCUCCAUAGCGAAAGAAAGGGAAGUUGCGAAGCAGGCUAUUGAAGAAGCACCUCCCGUAGUGAAGGAAACCCAAGUUCUUGUUGAAGAUACUGAGAAAAUUGAUUCCUUGAAUGUUGAAAUAGAUAACCUCAAGUCCUCCUUAGACACAGAAAAGCAAAGAGCUGAUGAAGCUGAGAAAAAGUUUAGUGAAGUUCAAGAGGCAAGUGAAGAAAGACAAAAAAAGUUGGAAGAAACACAAAAAAAGGUUCAACAACUCCAAGAUUCCAUGAAACUGCUAGAAGAGAAGCUUACAAACUUGGAGUCUGAAAACCAAGUCCUACGACAACAGGCUGUAUCAAUGGCCCCCAAUAAAUUUCUUUCAGGACGCUCAAGGUCAAUCAUGCAGAGAACUGAGAGUCAUAUUCCACCAGAGGCAAAGGCAGGUUUGGAUCUACAUAGUCCUUCCAUAAACCAAAGAGAUGAAUUGGAUGAUAAACCUCAAAAGUCACUAAAUGAGAAGCAACAAGAGAAUCAGGAAUUGCUCAUUCGUUGUAUCGCACAACACCUUGGGUUUCAAGGGAAAAGACCUAUUGCUGCAUGUAUCAUAUACAAAUGCCUCUUGCAAUGGAGAUCUUUUGAAGUCGAGAGGACAAGUGUUUUUGACCGUAUUAUUCAGACGAUUGGCCAUGCUAUUGAGACUCAAGAUAACAAUGAUGUCUUGGCCUAUUGGUUGUCAAAUGCCUCAACACUACUCUUGCUACUCCAACGCACGUUGAAAGCAAGUGGUGCAGCAGGAAUGGCUCCACAGCGUCGCAGGUCUUCAUCUGCUACUUUGUUUGGAAGAAUGACACAGAGUUUUCGUGGUGCUCCACAAGGAGUCAAUCUUUCCCUAAUCAAUGGAACUAUAAGUGGUGGAGUGGACACUUUGAGGCAAGUUGAGGCCAAGUACCCAGCUUUGCUUUUUAAACAACAACUCACAGCAUAUGUAGAGAAAAUUUAUGGAAUGAUAAGAGACAAUCUAAAAAAAGAGAUUUCUCCAUUGCUUGGAUUAUGCAUUCAGGCGCCACGAACAUCAAGAGCAAGCUUAGUUAAGGGUGCACGUUCUGUGGCUAAUACUGCAGCACAACAAGCCUUAAUUGCACAUUGGCAAGGGAUAGUCAAGAGCCUUGGAAACUUCUUAAGCACUUUGAAAACGAAUCAUGUACCCCCGUUUUUGGUUCGCAAGGUAUUCACACAAAUAUUUUCCUUCAUUAAUGUCCAACUUUUUAACAGUCUUCUUCUGAGAAGAGAGUGUUGCUCCUUCAGCAACGGAGAGUAUGUAAAAGCCGGAUUAGCUGAAUUGGAACAUUGGUGCUACAAAGCAACAGAUGAGUAUGCAGGUUCAGCAUGGGAUGAGUUAAAGCAUAUUAGACAAGCAAUUGGGUUUUUGGUCAUUCAUCAGAAGCCGAAGAAAACACUAGAUGAGAUUAGUCAUGACUUAUGCCCUGUACUCAGCAUUCAGCAACUAUACCGGAUCAGUACAAUGUAUUGGGAUGACAAGUAUGGCACCCAUAGUGUAUCCUCAGAUGUUAUAUCCAAUAUGAGGGUAUUGAUGACAGAAGAUUCAAACAAUGCCGUUAGUAACUCUUUCCUGUUAGAUGAUGAUUCAAGCAUUCCAUUUUCUGUUGAUGACUUGUCCAAGUCAAUGGAGCAAAUUGACAUUUCCGACAUCGAACCACCGCCUCUCAUCCGUGAGAAUUCAGGCUUCAGCUUCUUGUUUCCCCGUGCUGAUUAAGAGUAUUCAUUAUUUUUGCAGACUAGAUUUAGAUUCAGAUAACAAAGCUACCAUCCAAAUCACAAAUUUUUCUACCUUCAUUAUCUACAUUAGAUAGUCCAUACAUCUUUUUGAUAGAGUUAGCUCAAUGCUAGAAAUAGGGAUACUAUUGCCUUUUGUAGUUGAAAAGAUGAUUUUUGUUGUUGUUGUAUAUGGGUUGAUAUAGACAAAGAAAGGAGUUGCAAUCUUUUUAUGUCAACUCAUUUUAACGAACCAUGCCAUAUAGAGUUGUUAAUAAAUCAUGGAAUUAGAA